AUGCUCUCCUUCUCGGGCCAGCGCCGUCACUCCCACGACGACGACGGCAACGACGCGGGCCCCAUCGACCCCGAAUCGACCGAGUCGAACCAGCUCAUCCCCGCUCGCAAACGCCGCCACCGCGUCCGCGUCCAGGGACGGCUCGCCGUCGUCCGCAGCGUGUCCGCCGCGAACUUGCGGCCCGCCGUGUCGUCAGUGGCCCCGGCGCUGCCAUCCCCGGUCGCGGCAGCGGUGGGCGGGACGGCGACCCCGGCGGCGGCGCCCAAGUUCGAGUCAGGAGUCGCCGGCAGCGCAGCAGCGCCCGCACGAGGUAGGGGGAUGACCAUGAGGAGCAGGGAGAGGGGGAGGGGGAGGGGGAGGAGCGUCGACGAUGCGAGCAGCGAUGCCGGCGAGGACGACGAUGACGCGAGGGAGACGGCCGUCAGGGAUCGUCAGUUCAGGGGGUACGGCAUCGGAGGCGCCGGGAAUAUCAGGCGGCCGACCGAAGUCUACGGCGCGACAUCGAAACCCAGCUCGUUGUCUUCGAGGUUUUCCCUAUUCAACCCCUCCGGCUCCGUCCCCGUCUCCGGCUCCGGCUCCGGCUCCGGGUCGGCGGCCGAGACGGACAGAGGACAAUGGAGCUUCAGGGAACUUUUCGCCCGGACCGGCGAGCGCAAAGGAAAAGGGGUUGCUUGA